GUGUGUGUUUGUGUAGAAGGUGGUCAUCUUUCAACUACCAUCCUCCUAUUUCACUUGCAACAUAGAAAGAAAGAGAUAGAUAGAUCAUAAAGAGACAUGGAAGGCAAGGAACAACCAAAGAAGUCCUUCUUCUUAGCUUUUCUCCUUCUCUUCAUUACCAUCUCAACUCUCUCCAUCUUCUUCUACAACUACUCAUUCCUUCUUGAAACCUUAUACAUUACCAUCAAUGAUUUCAUAUCUAGAAAAGCCAUGUUCCUCUUUUGCAAUGUUAUCCUAUUCAUUCUUGCCAUAGACUCCGGCUUGUUUCGCUCUUCGAUGUCGUCGAUAAGUCUUUACGAUGAGCUUCUCAUUCGAAAGGAAGAGUCUCGAAAGCCCGAAGCCGAUGUCAUUGAAAAGAAGCUCAUCCUUGAUAGUCCUAUGCAUGACAAUGAUGAAGAAGUAGUACUACUAGUAAAAGAAGAAGAAGGAAAUGAUAAAGAGGAAGAUGAAGAGAAGAGGAAUGAAGGGAUGGAGUUAGUAGUUGUGGAUGAUCAAAUGGAGAAGUUAGAAGUGGAGGAGUUGAACAAAAGGAUUGAGGAGUUCAUAGAGAAGGUGAAGCAAAGAAGGAGGUUAGAAGAUAUGCAACUUAUCAUGGUUUCAUGAAUUAAUUAAUGCAAGUUGUUAUGAAGCAAGAGAACAUAUUUUUCUUCUUGUUGUUCUUCUUGAUGUUUUGUAUGUAUAUGCAAUUUAGAUUUUUGAGAGAAAGAGAAUAUGUUCUCUAAUUAUAUAAUUUUGUUCUUCUAUCUAGACUUCAAUGAGUGAUUAAAAUAAAA